CCGGUGGUGUUCCCCGGGCCUGUGAGCCAGGAAGGCUGCUGCCGCUUCACCUGUGAACUCCUAAAGCAUAUCAUGUACCAACGCCAGCAACUCCCGCUGCCUUAUGAACAGCUUAAGUUCUUCUACCGAAAGGCCCAGAAGUAUUUCAGAUGGGACCACAAGUAAGCAUGUGCUCAGUUUGCUGUUUCAUUAGAAGACCCAGCUCUCCAGAAUCACCUUUAUUAGACCUGAGUGUCUUCAUUCUGCUGCUCGUUCCCAGUAUGACAAACACCUGCUAUCAUUUCACCAAAUCUUGACGGCUUUAAAAUAUAUAUAUAUUUAUAUGUUUGCAUGUCUCUGGACACUGGCUUCAGAACACUGUCUCUGCUUUUCUCAGCUUGGGAGAAUUUUGGUUCUGUUCAAAGAAUAUAGCUUUUCCCGUUUGUGCUCUGAGGAAGGCCAGACUUCCCUGAAUUUCCCGUGUUGUAAGUUUCCCUCAGCUCAGCAGUGCUCUUGCGGUGGCAUUAGCAUUCUGCUCUCUGUCCCCUCUCACCACUGUUUGUCCUCUCAGGCAGAGGACAUGGUGAAGAAGAAACCUCGGCCUGGUGCCGAGGCGAACAGCAGGAGAUGCCAACAAACCCUGACUGAACUGGAGAGCGUCCUGAGCCACCUGGAGGGGCUCUUUGCCCGGACACAAGUGCCACGAGUGCUGAUACUCCUGGGGGGCAGUGCCCUGAGUCCCAAGGAGUUCUACGAGCUUGACUUGUCCUGCUUGGCCCCCAGCAGCAUGGACCAGAGUCUGAGCACGGCGGCCUGCCUGCGCCGGCUCUUCCGAGCCAUCUUCCUGGCUAAUGCCUUCAGCGAGCUGCAGGCCCCUCCGCUCAUGGGCACCACCGUCAUGGUCCUGGGCCACCGCGACUGUGGAGAGGAUUGGUUUCGACCCAAGCUCAACUACAGAGUGCCCAGCCGGGGCCACAAACUGACUGUGACCUUGUCCUGUGGCCGCCCCUCCAUUCCAGCCUCGACAUGGGAGGAUUACAUUUGGUUCCAGGCGCCGGUGACUCUGAAGGGUUUCCAUGAAUGAAGGAGGUUGCUGCUUUUACCAUGAAAUCAAUAGCUAAGUUAUUUCUCCCCUACGUGUUGGCACCAAGUCUUCCCAUCUCUUGCUUCAGUUGCUGCCUUCUGGCUCAUGCGUCCUCUCUGACCUUCAGGUGGGGGAGAUCAUGGACUUCAAAUGGCUCUUUGAGUCUGAGAUGGAAUUUCCCGGUGGGUGUCGGACCAGGUGCUGUUCUUUGGGCUUGGAAAGCAAAUCUGGGCUCGUGGGUAGACACACUUAGGGAAGUGACUCUUUUCUGCUUUUUGCUGUGCCUUUCCAGGACUCUGAACCAGGUUUAUGAUGUGGGUAUGACUCAUGAACUGAAAUAUAAAAUGAAUGGAUUUUUGUUAAAAUUUCCCCAAACCCUUAGCUUUUGAAAAAAGACUGCAGACUGGA